CUCUCUCACUCACUCAUUUCUCUCCACCUGGUUCACAUUCCAACAUUUAUUCACACACAUUGAUCACCACCACACUUAAAAGCUAAAACCCUAGCUCUUUCUCCUCCUCUCCUUCUUUCCUAUAUAAACCCUCUAAUUUCAUUUUUGACCUUACUCACAAAAAAAUGGAGCUCUGUACACCUAGAGCCUUCUCGAAACUUCCAAGUAACAGGCUUAUUAACAAACCUCACCUCCAAUGGAGACCUUCUCUUCUGCUCAACAAACCCCCUAAACAUCUAUUUAAUCAAGGAUUGUUUUACCGGAAAGGCUCGGCUAUUAGAGCAAAAUCAGAGACCGAGGCUUAUGAGUUAUAUGUACCUCCUUCUGUUGAAGAUUCUAGCAAAGACAAAGAGACGGAUCCUUAUGAGUCUCUAGUAUAUGAACCUCCUAAAGUCGAAGAGAAAGAUAGUGGAGCUGUUCAGAAUGGAGCACCAAUUGAAGAUUCUAGCAAAGACAAAGAGACUGAUCCUUAUGCGGCUUUGAUAUAUGAACCUCCUAAAGUCGAAGAGACAGAUAAUGGAACUGUUCAAAAUGAAACACCAAUUGAAGAUUCUAGCAAAGACAGAAAGACGGAUCCUUAUGCGGCUUUGGUAUAUGAACCUCCUAAAGUUGAAGAGAAAGAUAAUGGAACUGUUCAAAAUGAAGCACCAAUUGAAGAGUCUAGCAAAGACAAAGAGACGGAUCCUUAUGCGGCUUUGGUAUAUGAACCUCCUAAAGUUGAAGAGAAAGAUAUUGGAACUGUUCAAAAUGAAGCACCAAUUGAAGAUUCUAGCAAAGACAAAGAGACGGAUCCUUAUGCGGCUUUGGUAUACGAACCUUCUAAAGUUGAAGAGAAAGAUGACGGUGCUGUUCAGAAUGGAGCACCAAUAGAAGACAAGCAGACGGAUCCUUAUGCGGCUUUAAUAGAUGAGCCUCCUAAAGUUGAAGAGAAAGAUGAUGGAGCUGUUCAGGAUGAAACACCAGUGGAAGAUUCUAUUAAAGACAAGGAGCUGGAUGCUUAUGCGUCUUUGACAUAUGAACCUCCUAAAGUCGAAGAGAAAGAUGAUGGAGCUAUUCAGAAUGAAGCACAGAUUGAAGAUUCUAGGGAAGAGAAAGAGAAGGAUGCUUCUGCGACUUUGACAUAUGAACCUCCUAAAGUCGAAGAGAAAGAGAAGGAUGCUCUGGAUUUUGAUUCACAACUGUCCAAGUUCUUUGACAAGCUAAAUAUUAAGUAUGAUCCUGAAGAUUCCUCUUCACUUAUCCUUUUUGGUGGUGUUGCUGUCACUGCUCUUUGGUUGACAACUUCAAUUCUUGGAGCCAUCGAUUCUAUACCUUUGUUUCCUAAAUUACUCGAAGUGGUGGGACUUGGCUACAGUCUCUGGUUCAGUGCCCGUUAUCUACUAUUCAAGAGUAAUAGAGAUGAGUUUGCUGCUAAAGUUGAAGGGAUUAAGAAGGAGGUACUAGGUUCUAAAGAUGAUUAAUUUUUACUUGGAAAGAACUUAAUGUUCCUUUUUAGUUUUGUGCAAAGAGGAGCUAUCUAUCUUAUAGUAGAAGAGAUUUAUCCAUAUAGCAAGCCAAUGUGAAUAAUAGAAAAUUGUGUAUAUGCUUUUGUUUUCACUAAAAGUGAUACUAUCCUUUAUGAAAUAGCUCAAUUUUGUGUUUUUUA